UUCUGGGCUGCUCCGAGUGCACCGCAGUACCCUGAGCAAUCAGCAUUAAUCUACGUCAAUUUGAUUCGGAUCCGAGAUGAGGUGCGUACCGGGAAUAGUGGCUGUAGUAUUGCUGGUUAGCUUUGACUUUUGUAUCACAGACGAUAAUGGCUCUGAAAUUGCGAUUGCUGCUCUUGUGCUAGCUCGGGGAGGAUCAAAGGGCAUACCGCUGAAAAACAUCGUCGAAAUACAACCGAAUCAGACUCUGCUGGCUCGCGCUCUGCACACCAUCCGACAGUCCGGUGUAUUCAAUGCCAUGUGGGUAUCGACCGACCACGAACAGAUCGCUUCCGAAGCUGCACGCCACGGUGCCACAGUGUUUGCUCGCUCGGCAACGCACGCCCAGGACCAUUCGAGCUCGUUAGCAGCGACGCAAGAGUUCCUGCACGCUCAUCCGGAGAUCAACCAUUUCGCCUUGAUUCAAUGCACUUCACCGUUGCUGCGCGCGGACUAUUUGAUGCAAGCUGCCCACCAGGUUCGUGCGUUUACGGACAAUGCGAUGGGCAUGAUGCCAUCGUGCGCUUUCAGUGUGGUGAGAAGUUACAAGCUGCGCUGGCGGAUCGCGGAUACUCUUAACGGGCGUUUGCAAGCGAUCAAUUUCGACCCAAUGGCUCGCCCGAGGCGGCAGGAUUGGGAUGGUGAGUUAGUAGAAGCAGGUAUGUUUUACUUUUCCCAGCGGCAGCUAGUGAUGGAUAUGGGCAUUUUCCAAAGCGAAUGGUGCACAGUAGUGGAGGUGGACGAACAGGACGCGCUAGAGAUUGACAGUGUGCGGGAUCUCACGCUGGCUCGUGUUUUGAUUGACAUGGAAUAGCAUUAAUCUACAACAUAAUUGCUUACUCGUGUUUUGUGUGCCAAAAACCUUGUUGUAAAAUAGGUUGAACAUGGUUGUCAUAAAUGCUAAAAAUUGCCACAGCAUUGCUUGGUACAAUUUCUAAUAAUUACAAAUUUUCCAUUUACUGUUCAAUAAACGUAUAUCAGUAGUAUCUUAAAUGUGCUGAUAGUUUAGACAAAAAUAUUGCAAACAAAUAAAAAGAAAGGAAAGGAUAACUAAUAAUUUAGGAAUUUAUAUUCGAAGAAAACAACAACAUACGAUAGAUGUUGUAAUGUGUUUUUUCUAAUAUGAAUUUCCUGAUUUAAA